GAACUUUGUUAUAUGUGCUUCGUGCAUGGCAAGUUCAUGAGUUGUUUACUUACGAAUGUUGGAACGUUGUUUUCAUUAAGGCACGUCAUUAACUGUUCCUAAGUGUCACCACGCAUAAUGGGGAGGAAAAUUCCAGGGAAGAAACACAGAGGAGUGAAAGAUCCAUUGCAGCAGUUAGCCAAACGCAAUCAAAGUCUUUCAGCAAAAGUCAAUGCACCACCAACCCAACCAGAUGAUCAGAGUGUUCCAAAAAGUUUAAUACGUCUUAUGAAGUUAAAAGAUGAUGUUAAACAAGGAAAAUUCAAGCACAAGAAGAAGAGGAAGAAGCGGAAAGGUGGGGAGUGGCUUAUAGACACAGAAGUCCUUGCUGAAAAGGACCACAAAGUACCUGGUAUGACGCGGCCUGACAAACCUGUGCCACAUCUGAUUCAGAGACCUGGUGAAUCAGAGUUCCACUUCUUACGUCGAAUAGAGCAAGCUUGUCAUGAAGUAAUAAAAGAAUCCCAGUUUGAGGAUAAAUUUGGAGUAAAUGUUAUAAGAGAUACGGAUACAGGUGAAGUGGUUAAUGUUGUGAAGAAACCAAAGGAUCCUAUUCUUGAGUUUGAUGCAGCAAAGAAAAAGAAGAAAAAGAAUGAUAGUGCAAAUGCCACCGACAGUUUGUCGAAAACAGCUAGGAGACGGCAAAAAAAACUGGAGAGGAAACAAUUGAAUAACAGUGAUAUGGAAAGAGAUUUUGACAUGUUUAAGGACAAUGUGAAGUUUGGAGAGGUUGUCAGUGAACCUCCACAGUUGAAAGCACCAAAGGGAAUCAAAAGCAAUCCACUGGAAUCAAAGCCUGGAAGAAAGGAUCUAUUAUUGAAGACUUUUCUGGAGAACAAGUAUGGUACAACAACAACAACAACAUCAUCAUUGUCGUCAGCUAAGCUGGAUUUGACUGUGAAAAGGAAAAAACUUCCUGCUGCAGAACUUCGCCAACUUGAGCUUCAAAGGCAGGCAGCUGUUAAUGCCUACAGGUUUGUCAAAUCAAAGAAUCUGGAUAGACGGCCUCUGGCACUGUUAGAAAAAUGAAAUAUACCAAAAUAUUUUCAUAUUGACAAUAAAUUAUACUUUUUUACUUAAAA